CGGCCAAGCACAAGCAGAUUCGUCGCGGUGUGAAGGAGGUCCAGAAGUUCAUCAACAAGGGCGAGAAGGGGAUCACGGUGCUGGCCGGCGACACGCUGCCUAUCGAUGUGUACUGCCACAUCCCCAUCAUGUGCGAGGACAGGAGCCUCCCCUACGCAUACGUCCCUUCCAAAUCGGACCUGGGAGCCGCAGCCGGCUCGAAGCGCCCAACCUGCGUUAUCAUGAUCAAGCCCCACGAGGAGUACCAGGAGACCUACGAUGAGUGCUUGGAGGAGGUGGGGGCCCUGCCCCUGCCACUGUGA